AUGCUGGAGCCCCCAGAGACAAGCUACAAGAGAGUGUACUUUGAGGUUGAUGAAUCUGAUAUUCUCCACGGGCGUUUGCACAAAGUAGAGAAACAAAAACAGAGAGAGAGGAUUUACAUGUCAUCAAAAAGUGUACAAGCUGACCAAACAGAAAUGGCUAGAGUUGAAGCCAGCAUUGCCGCUGCAUUGAAGGAACAGGAAAACAGGUAUAUGAGGAGAGAAGAGCAGGAAAAGAUAAGAUUUGAAGAGCUCCUGAGUCAAAGUAUAGCACAGUCUGAAGCCAAGAAGACAGCUCAGUAG